UACUACAUACAGUCGCACCAUACAUUCGCACAAUCAUUUCAGUCAGGGUACGCUUGUCAAGUGGGUCAUACAAUUGUGUGGACAGGGCCGGGAGUUAAAGUUCAUUAUUUUUAUUGUUGUUUGAUUGGCGGCCACCUCCGGGCGAGGGAAAAAGUGCAAUGAACAAAUUAUUCAGCAGCAAGUCGAGUGAGUUCGAGAACGAAGCGCUCGACAUCCACAACGAGUACCGGCGCGACCACGGCGCCCCCCCGCUCGUGCUGAGCAAGGACCUUUGCAAAAUCAGCCAGAAAUGGGCCGAGGAACUCGCGAGGAAAGACGCCAUGGCCUACAGCCUCAACUCAGACUACGGCGAGAGCAUCUACUGCGGCUGGUCGCCGGACCCCAGCACCAGGAUCACGGCUCGGGACUGCGUCGACAAAUGGUACAGCGAAAUAAACGACUUCUCCUUUGGACAAGAACCUGAAAUUCUCACUUGCGGCCAUUUCACACAAAUCGUCUGGAAAGACACCAAGGAACUCGGCAUCGGCAGUGCCAAGAGCAAAUCCGGUAAACUGUACGUAGUCGCUAAUUACAAUCCCCCGGGAAAUUACACCGGACAGUUCGCUACAAAAGUUCUACCACCAGGCGCCUUGCAGUUCAGAACUAACAACAACGAGAGUACACCCAACAACAACCUGGCCCCGUCUCCGGCUGGCAGCAACAGGAACAGCAGGAACUUUGGAGAAAUCGCAACCAAUUUGGUCGGAAAGCUAAAAGUUUCAGCUGAUAAAGGAGACACCUUCGAGGAAGAAUGCUUGCAGGCGCACAACGCGUACAGGAAGAAGCACGGCGUCCCCCCACUAGUACUUAACAAGAAAAUUUGCAAAUACUCUACUGAAUGGGCCAAAGUUCUAGCGAAAACAGGAAAAAUGGAGCACAGAGAUCAAAGCACUUACGGUGAAAACAUAUUCUACGCUUGGUCGUCAGAUCCCAAUUUUACAGUAACAGGAGCGGCGGCGGUCGACAAAUGGUACAGUGAAAUUAAGCUCCAUACGUUUGGGAAAGAGCCCACGAGUUUAGCAUCUGGUCAUUUCACUCAAGUGAUUUGGGAGUCCACCAAAGAGAUGGGGGUCGGGGUGGCGAAGUCGUCGGACGGCAAAACAUUCGUCGUAGCUAAUUACUUCCCGCCGGGCAACGUCAUCGGCAGUUUCGCAGCGCAAGUCCCACCGCCUAAAAAAUAAAAUAUUUUUAAUUAAAACCAAAGUUUACAGUCACAGAAAACAAGCAGAAAACAUUCCAAAAAUAAAGUCUGUAUUAAAAUUGAGACCUGUAUUAAAUUGUAUAGUUGUUAUUUUUUAUUACUUAAUUGAGUUGAAUAAAUUAUUUUUACUUAAACAAAA